AAAACUCAAAUCUACGUUGCUGUCAACUAAUUUACAGAUCUAAGUCUAGAGUCGAGAGCCACACGAUAGUACAUUGUCACAUUUACAGUUGUGUUGUUUAGGCCUAGGGCGCCUAGGCUAGUAGUAGUAGAUUCACUAAACUAAGAUUCAAAACCUUUAUCUUUCACUGCUGACAAGAUGAUACCUAGAAAGAUCUAGACUUGAUCUAGUAUGAUCUACACAUCUACACUGUUUCACUAUUUGUGUUUUGCUCACAUCACUUUGGAAAAGACAUACAAAUAAUCUAAGACUUAAAAUUAAAAUACUCUGUGAACAAUGUUUGUUUUAGUGCAGAUGAAAGAUACUGUCCGAAUAGCACCUCAUUUAUUUCAUCUUGAUACUAUGGAUGCUAUUCGGGAAGCUCUAAACAAAAAAUUUGCCAAUAAGGUUGUGUACAAGGUGGGGCUAUGCAUAGCUCUUUGGGAUGUAGAGAAAGUUGAAGAUAGUUUUAUAUUUCCAGGAGAUGGAGCUACUCAUACUAUAGUACAUUUUAGGUUUGUUGUAUUUCGUCCAUUUGUUGAUGAGAUUCUUAUUGGCAGAAUCAAAAGUUGCAGUAAAGAUGGUGUGCAUAUCACAAUGGGUUUUUUUGAUGACAUCAUCAUCCCUUCAGAUUCACUACAACAUCCGUCCAAAUUUAAUGAACAAGAACAGUUGUGGAGCUGGGAGUAUGAAGCACCUGAAGAGGGUAAAGUGGAUCUCCCUAUGGAGAUUGGUGGAGAUAUACGAUUUCGAGUUGUUGAUGAGACAUUUGUUGAUACCACACCUUCCAGUCCUGAAGACAUAAAACCCAUGGCACCCCCUGCAACUGCUGUGUCAGGAACUUCACUGCCUAUAACAGAUCCUGCUACUAAGAAAGCACCUUAUACCCUUUCAGGCUCAAUCAGUGAGAUGGGACUAGGAAUGGUGUCUUGGUGGAAUGCUGGGUAAUAAUGAAGUCUGGUUUAUCUCCCUGUCUAGUGUAAAUAAACAGUAACAAAAUGGUGUACAUGUGAACAAUGUUUGAAUUGUAUUUUGCUUGUGCUAUUGUAAAGAGAAGUUUGAUGAGAUUGAAAUUGAAUGUAGAAUAUUUGCUGAAAAUUGAAUAUUUCAUGACUAUUUUGUGAUGAAUAAAAUUUAUGUCAUUAAAAUGGUGAAUUUACUUUAACAA